UCGAGCUGCCUGGCAACCAGGGCCACGAGCUGUGAACAGGAAGAUCUGUCGCAGUAAAAGGACAACCUGCGCCCUGGACAUAAACUUCAGAGAAACUACAAAAACUUCUCUCAGCUGCACCAUGGAGGAUGCAGAUAAAGGUUCCCAGCUGCUCACAGACUCUGCUCCUGAAGUGGGAGAAGAUGCAGUGACGAGUGUUGAGUCGCCUGCCCCGCCACCUGCCAUGACAGAGGAGGAGAGGCAGGAGCUGCAGGAGGAGCUGCUCAAGGUUGAAGAUGAGAUCCAGACUCUGUCACAAGUGUUGGCAGCCAAAGAGAAGCAGGUAGCAGACAUAAAGAGGAAGUUGGGAAUUACACCUCUCAAUGAACUCAAGCAGAACAUCAGUAAAACCUGGCAGGAGGUCACCACCUCCACUGCCUACAGAAGGACGUCAGAAACUCUGUCCCAGGCCAGUCUGAAGGCCACCGCCGCCUUCUCUACUGUGGGCUCCGCCAUCAGCCGCAAGCUCGAGGAUGUCAGGAACACGCCAGGAUUCAAGUCCUUUGAGGAGAAAGUGGAGACUAUAAAGACUAAAAUGACUCCCGCUGCUUCACCCACUGAACCAGCCAAUCUGGACAGCAGCGGUGCAACUACAGAGUCUUUGUUGAGUCAGCCUGAACCCACGACUGAAGGGGAGACGCCAAUGCACUGAGACCUGCCUCUAACCCUGUGACCCCACGACCCCUGAAUACCCUAUCCACUUGACCUUUGACCCCAGACGGCUCACAAGUGCUCCCUUUUCUCCAGUGUGUGCCGGUGUCCUUUGUGAUGGAGGCCAAAUGACUCUUCCUAAACUUUAGAGUGGACUGAAUGUGUCUGAUGGGGGCUGUGUGUCAUUAUGUAUGUUGUAUCCUCACCUUUGUUAAUGUUAAAGCUUUGUUAAUGCCAACCUUUUGUCCCUAUGUUUUUGACAGGAAUUGUUUACGUUUAUAAAAAAAAUAACUAGGCAGAAAAAUAUAUGUCCAUCUUGUCUAGUGUAAAGAUGAUUCCUGAUAGUGAAGGUCCAUGUUAGUUAAAGGUGCACUAUGUAAAUUCUCUGGCUGAGAGUUUGCCUGCUUGUUUCCAUGGAAAUUAUAUUGCUUUGCUUGAAAUGUUCCACAGUUUUAUAUUAAAUUUGUCUCUCUACAUGGAGUCUAGCAUGUGACACCACCAGGUUACAGGUUAUAGGGCAGAUUUGUUGAGAGGUAUUAAAAAAACCUUAUGAAAUGAAUACCAGUUUAAUGCCAUGAUAUAAAACCACGCAGAUAGUGGAUUCCCUGUCAGAAAAGUUACAUAGAGCACCUUUUAAAAGUGUUUUACAAACUUCAACACCGUUUUGUUAAAGGAGGCAUACAUGGCAAGUGCUGAGAAUGUUGUAAUGUUGUAAAGUACCUAACUCUUGUUUUGUGUUGUCAUAAAGUGUUAUUACAACCUAACCAUCAUUCUACACCAUUUAAAGGUCUUAACAUUGUGUCCAAAGUAUGAAUGUACUUUGUCUAUCACUGUGUCAUAUAUAGUGUUGCACUUUAACACAUAAGGCUGGGAAUAAAAUCUGGUUUGAAAAGUGGCCAUAUAUUUCCCUUGACGAGAGAGUGACAGAAAGGUGGUCCUGUGUCGAGGUAGUACCAGAAAAAACAGCCGCAUCAGCAGAAGACAGGAGCAGAGCAAACACAGGGGGCAUGAGCCUUGACCAGGAGAGAGGGAAAUAAAUAGGUCUCCUCCACAGUCAAUAUUUGAACAACUCUUCAUUGUUUCUUUCAGGGAGGUAACACCUACAGAAACUCCCACCAUCAUAGCAACAGGGCAGGCCAAUGGUGAUUCCCAACUGUUCAGAGAUAGACUGUAAUAUAAUACUCUAACUGGCCAUGCCUGACUAUUGAGAAUAAAUUGUUUUAUUGAACCAUGAGAUCAAUAUGAGCCCAUGAUGAUGUUGCUUUGACUAAAUGACCAAUUAAAUACUGUGCAGAACAAUGCAGGUCAAUCCCAACUGUUCAAAUAGGAGAAAUCUAAACAAACUGUUUGUGUCUGUUUUCUAAAAAUAAAAACAUGCAUUGUAACAA